GUGAAAUUAACUAUAGUUAGAAUUAAAAUCCAAUAUUGGUAAUUCUGAAAGUUGAAGCCUCUAUCACCAAUCUCGUUCUCAAACACGAUGACAACUUUCAUGUUUCUGUUUGUGGUUACCCAAUUCCAAAAAAACAAAAAAAAACAACACAACAAAUAUUCUUAUCCAACAGAAAAUACAAAAAAUAGAGAGACAGAGAAGAAGGAAGCAAGACAACACAACCUCAAUUUAUCCGAACAGCGGUCCAUUUAUACCCGGAGGACGCUUCAUAUUCCGGUUUACCAAUGGCCGCUGUUCGCUUCCUUCUUCUCAUCUUCCCUCUUCUCAUCUCUCAUUCUUUUUCCGUUCCAGAAACUGAAGCACUUCUCAAACUCAAAAAAUCAUUCACAAACACACAGUCUCUUUCUUCAUGGCAACCUAAUACAAAUCCAUGUUCUCCUCCAAGAUGGACCGGUGUCAUAUGUUUCAAUAACGUCGUCGAAAGUCUUCAUCUUGUUGGUUUAGGUCUCUCUGGAACAAUUGAUAUUGAUUCUCUUUUAAAAAUUUCAUCCUUAAGAACUAUUAGUUUUGUUAACAACUCUUUCUCUGGUCCUAUUCCUGAAUUCAACAAACUUGGUGCUUUGAAAGCUAUAUAUUUAUCUGAAAAUCAAUUCUCAGGACCUAUCCCUCCACAGUUUUUUUCCCAAUUAGGUUCUUUGAAAAAAGCAUGGCUCAAUAACAACAAAUUCUCAGGAAAUAUACCUGAAUCUUUAACAGCUCUUCGCUUCCUUGGCGAGUUACAUCUAGAAAACAAUGAAUUCUCUGGUCCUGUUCCAGAAUUCAAACAAGAAAUUAAAUCCUUCGACGUGUCUAAUAACAAAUUAAACGGUGCAAUACCUGCUUCAAUGUCAAGGUUUGAAGCAAAAGCUUUUGCAGGAAAUGUAGAGCUUUGUGGGAAGCCUCUUGACAAAGAAUGUGACUCUUCUUUGCCUUCUUCUACGUAUUCAAUUUCCCCUGAUGAUGGUGGACAAGGUUCUGGUUGGGCUGUUAAAGUUAUUGGAAUUCUCAUUGUUGCUACCGUUGUGGCCGUGCUUUUCACAUUGGUAAAAUCAAAACGUAAUAUUGACGAUGAUUUCAGCGUUGUGAGUAGAGAAAAUAAUGACGUUGUUCAAGUUCAUGUUCCUAGCUCUAACCAUAGCAGAUCAGAAGGUGGUGGUGGUAGUAGUAGCAAAAAGGAAUCUAGGAGAGGUUCCUCAAAGAGUGGUGGAAUGGGUGAUCUUAUUAUGGUGAAUGAUGAAAAGGGUGUGUUUGGUUUACCUGAUUUGAUGAAAGCUGCCGCCGAGGUUUUGGGAAAUGGUGGGUUAGGUUCUGCUUAUAAAGCUGCUAUGACUAAUGGUUUAUCUGUGGUUGUGAAGAGGAUGCGAGAGAUGAAUAAAGUUAGCAGAGAUAUAUUUGAUGCUGAGAUGAGACGGUUUGGGAGGCUUAGAAACCGUAAUAUUUUGACUCCUUUGGCUUAUCAUUACCGCAGGGAAGAGAAGUUGUUUGUUACUGAAUAUAUGCCCAAAGGAAGCUUGUUAUAUGUCUUGCAUGGUGAUAGAGGAACAAGUCAUGCUGAACUGAAUUGGCCAACGCGUUUGAAGGUUGUGAAAGGGAUUGCACGCGGAUUAACCUUUCUUUACACUGAAUUCGCAUCCGAUGAUCUGCCACAUGGAAACCUUAAAUCAAGCAACAUACUACUAACUGAUAAUUAUGAACCACUCCUGAGUGACUUUGCAUUUCAUCCACUAAUCAAUACAAACUAUGCAACACAAACAAUGUUUGCAUACAAAACUCCUGAUUAUACAGUCUACCAAAAAGUUUCACAGAAAACCGAUGUUUAUUGUCUUGGAAUCAUCAUUCUUGAAAUCAUUACAGGGAAAUUCCCUUCUCAAUAUCACAGUAAUGGUAAAGGUGGUACUGAUGUUGUUCAAUGGGUUUUCACAGCAAUAUCUGAAAGAAGAGAAGCUGAAUUGAUUGAUCCAGAGUUAACAGGGAAUAAUACAGAUUCAACUAAUCAAAUGUUACAACUUAUUCAAAUCGGAGCUGCUUGCACAGAAAGUAACCCUGAACAACGACUUAACAUGAAGGAAGCAAUUAGGAGGAUAGAGGAAUUACAAAUUUAAAGAUGAAUACAUCAAAUAUGUCAAUAUGCUAGCUCAAUUAGUAUGUAACAAACAGUUGCUUUUGUAGGUGAGAGUUGCAGGCCUAGGAAAGAUUAAUUAAUAGUUACAUUGAUUCAGCAUCUUGACUUAACUCUUCACUAUUCAUGAAUGAAUGAAUGAAUGACUCAUCCUCUAAAAAGCUUUGCGGUAAACAAUGAGUUAUGCACAAUACUACUAUUAAGGGGCAUAUAUAGAGGAAGAAAAAGAGGUCACCACCAUAGAGGGAGAAAAAUUACAUGCAUGUAUAGCUUCAUGGAACAGUUGCAACUUCUUUUAAACAAAAUUAGAUCCUCCAAGUAAAUGCAAGAGAUGCUGAAGAUUGAGGUGUUGCUAUAAUAUUUGUCCCUUUGAAGAGUUUAAAAAUGUGAAAGGUGUGCCUCUUGUGCUGAUAAUGGCCCUUGUAAAUUAAUGUGCAAUUCACAAUAUAAUGAACCCAUUUUUGUGACAC